AUGACACACUCACAUACUGCUAGCCUGAGGCGACUGUCCUUCGUCUCCGCCCACCCGGGCCACGCCCGCUCACACAUUAACCCGCAUGCGUCCUCGCCUGACGAGACGUGUAUAAACACCUGGCACUCCACCAAUCCCUUUGCUGUGAACUUCUCGCCGCAAGCGCAGCGAAUUCACAAGGAGCGCGAGAUUGUCCACACGGCUGACAUGCUCCCGGCGAUCCUGGGCAGCGCACACAUCGCGCCACUAGAGAAGAAGAGGGAGCCUUGUCGUGCCGACAGGCAGGAUGCUGACAAGGCAAAGUUGCAGAUGCUCUCUCAGGGUUUCGCUGAGACAGGAUCAACGCACCAUGAUGCUUUUUACAUGUAA